AUGAACGUCUCUUAUAAACUUGAUAACGGCGAUCUUGAAGAUCUUGAGGAUCUUGAAGAUAAGGACCUUAAAGAUGAGGAUCUUGAAGAUGAAAAUCUUGAAGGUGAGGAUCUUGAAGGUGAGGAUCUUGAAGGUGAGGAUCUUGAAGAUGAGGAUCUUGAAGGUGAAGAUCGUGUAGAUGAGGAUCUUGAAAACGAGGAUCUCGAAAAUGAGGAUCUUGAAGAUGAGGAUCUUGAAGACGAGGAUCUUGAAGAUGAGGGUCUUGAAGAUGAGGAUCUUGAAGGUGAGGAUCUUGAAGAUGAGGAUCUUGAAGAUGAGGAUUUUGAAGGUGAGGAUCUUGAAGGUGAGGAUCUUGAAGAUGAGGAUCUUGAAGAUGAGGAUCUUGAAGAUGAGGAUCUUGAAGAUGAGGAUCUUGAAGAUGAGGAUCUUGAAGAUGAGAAUCUUGAAGAUGAGAAUCUUGAAGAUGAGGAUCUUGAAGAUGAGGAUCUAGAAUCUUGA